CGAAGACUGCAUUUCUUAUUCAUUAUCUGCAUCUUUGAUCCACUUUCGCGGGAUCUCGUGCGCAGUGGUGGAUGCUGUGCCUCAGUUACGCUGCUCCGUCCAUGAGCCCCUUGCUUAGCACGAUCCCUGGUUGAUUCAACCCCAAUUCGUCUCUCGAAUACGAUAAGCAUGUGCUGUAGCGCUGGAGCUAUUUGAAAUUCUACGCUUUGAUAUUAAGUUGCUCUCAGACCUUGUUAAGGUUGCGUUCACUGUCCACCCUCGCCCAUUGUAUCCACCCUCCCGCUCCUGCGAACCGUGCGCGAACACACCUCACCUUCACCAUCCAAGAUGCCACCGGCGCAUAAGGGCAAAGGCAAGGGUCGCGAUGCCCGACAGCCUCGAAGCCGGAAUACAACACCUAACUCCGAGUUCGGUACUACGCCUGCGGUCUCUCUAUCUGUUCCCUCUCCGAGAUAUCUCGAAAAUGACGUAUCCAAGCUGCUUCUGCCGUCCACCAUACAGUACUCGGAGAUUUUGGACCGUACGGGUGGUCUCGGGCCGAUUCCUGAUUCGAAGUCUCUGGCGUCUUUGAUGGAACAACUGAAAACACUUAGUCAGCUGGCUGAAGAACGCGGAGAUGCCUGUAAUGCAGGGAUACGGGAGCUGUCCCAGAGGCGCAAAGAGGUGGCAGAAGACCAUGAUUCGGGGGAGCGCAUGAGAUUGAAAAGGGAAGCGGAAGAUGACGAAGAAACCAGCCGGGUUCAUAAAGGAGGCAAAUGGAAGAAACGACGGGAGCGUGGUAGUUUGAAGGAGGAACGCCCGUUGAGUCAUGGUUCCCACGAACUGGCCCGGCAAGAUGGCGCGGAAACGAAGGUCGAAGGGGCUGCGUCUCCGGCGUCGAAGAAGAUUAAGAAGCGGGCGUCAGAGGAUCCUUCGUUAUCACCACGGUCACUGGCUUCCGCAGCGGUUGGCGAUGUUCCUGGCGCUGCUGCGUCACCGUCGAGUGAAAGCACCGACUCACAUCAGCCCGAACCGGCAUCCGCAGUUCCACAGUUUCAAGUAUUCGGACCAGACCCACUGAGGUUCGAUGAUCCGACUAUCUACCACAUUCGCGAAGUUACGCCUGAGAUGUCAGACGAUGAAAAGAAGGAAAUAUACUCCGUUGCUCGAUUCCCUUCUAGUGAUUUGCGCCAUCUGAUGGCUGGUACUCCUCCGGAUAAGGAUUUCAGCAAUGCCAAACCCACGAACCAAGUCAGCGCCAAUACCUUCCUCACAUACAUUGACCCUUUCGUCCGUCCAUUGACUGAAGAAGAUAUUGCAUUCUUGAAAGAAAAGGGUGAUCGGACUACUCCAUUUAUUAUGCCCAGAAGGGGGAACAAACAUUAUACAGAGAUUUGGGCUGAAGAGGAUGGAGCACUAAGCACUAGCAGGCAGACUGGAGAUCAAGAUGGUCUUCCAUUGAACCAGGGUCGCGGGAACAUCGAACAAUUGACUGACGAAGUUGCGGAAACCGAUAAGAUCUCCAUCGGCCCUCUGGUUAGCCGUUUGUACUCCUUACUGCGGUACGGGCACCGCGCUCCUCCGGACGAAAAUUCUACAAACACUACAUCCAACGUAGAUACCUCAGUAGCCAAUGGCGUUUCAAAUGGAGAUUCAAUGGAUAUUGACCAACCGACCGGCGAAUCGGAAAACAAACCCAUACCCCCUGCAACAUCUUUUCCUGAUGCGUCGCCGAGCGGCUUCAAAGUGCCAGCCGCAAAGCUCGACCAUGCCCAGCUCGAUGAACGCUUGAAAGCGGAACUCCGCCAUGUGGGCUUCUUUGGCCCGGACGAUAACCCGGAUUACGAUGCGCAUUACGACGACGAUAUAGCGCAGCGGUUGCGCCUGCUGCAGAGCGAACUGAAGAAGCAGAUGAUUAUCAACAGCGCUCGGAAAGCGAGGCUGCUUGAGAUUGCCCGGGAACGUCUAGCGUACCAAGAAUACACCACUAUUCAUGACGAUCUCGACUCUCAGGUCCAACAGGCCUAUCUCAAAAGGACUCGGACCCUGGGCAAGAGUAAGAAGGGCUCUCAAGCCAAACACCGUCCAGGAGGAGCUGGUGGUGGUAGCCACAUCGUCAGUGCAGCAGGAGUUAGUCGCCCUGCUAUCGGGGACGUUGCUAGGACUCUCAUGGACCGCCGCAAGCGCUGGCGUGACUGCAUCGGUCCUGUUUUCAAGGAUUCCAAGACCGCUGUUCCCAGGGCGGGAGAGACAGUUUUCGAACCAUCACUCAUGGCUGAGUAUGAGAAGGCCGAGCUUGACGGGUGGGACGAGGAGCAAGAAUGAAGGAUAUGCUUGUUUUCAUCUUAACUUUUUAUUUAUUUAUUUUUUAUUUUUUUCAGACACGGCAUACCAAUUUCAUUCACCAAGUCCCGUGUACGUUCCUGUAUAGCGAGCGUUUUUCUUUUCAACUUUGCAAGCUCCUUUCGGCAUUAUGGAACAUGAUCGAGUGCCUGUUUGGAAUGCCCCUCCUGUUUGGCGUUGAUAGAAGGAUGGAUAUGGGCUGGGCUGGUUUCUUUGAAGCGAGGCGUUUAGGAUUGGGCUUGCGUUCCCUGAAAAGAAACCGUUUGAUAUAAUCAAUUAACCUGAUGUUCUGAAUGACCGAUCCGUUGAUACCUGAGACUAUUAAUAUUAAGUACAAGUUGAC